AUGCUCAACUUCAUUCCCAUCAUCGCAGGCCUCGCCUCCCUGGUCUCAGCUACCAGCGCCCCAACCCGCCCCGAUCUCAAACUCAUCUGGAAAGACGAGUUCACCGGGUGUCAAGGCUGCUCACCCAAGACGAACAACUGGAACACUGCUCUCAACAUCAACUCCAACAACGAACUCCAGGUGUACUCCACCUCCAACAAGAACAUCCAACUUUCCGGCGGUGACACCCUCCAGCUCGUUCCCUGGAAGGACGGGAAGGGCGAAUGGACCUCUGGACGUCUUGAGUCCAAGAAGGCUUUCCACGCAGACAAGAACAAAGCUCUUCGUGUAGAGGCUAGUAUUCGCAUGGGUGAUUCAGCUCGUAAGCAGGGUAUCUGGCCUGCGUUUUGGAUGCUUGGCGAUGCACUCCGCCACGGAACUGGAUGGCCCCUUUGUGGCGAGAUCGACAUCUUCGAGAGAGUUAAUGGUGACUUGACUGGUUUCGGUACUGUUCACUGUGGUCAUGAGGGCGGCGGUCCCUGCAAUGAGCCCGAGGGUCUCGGACAGCGAGUCACUAUUCCAGACAACGAAUUCCAUGCUUGGUCUGUGGUUAUCGACCGUCGUGCUAGCAGCUGGCAGGAUGAAAAGAUCACCUGGCUGCUUGACGGACAGCCCUUCCACAGCAUCACGGGCAAGACACUAAAUGAUGAGGGAACUUGGGCUACUCUGGCUCAUUCUCCCAUGUACAUUCUCCUCAACGUCGCUGUUGGCGGAACCUGGCCUGGCAACCCUAACAAGGCCACCGAAGCCGGCUACAAGAACAUGAUGGAAGUCGCCUACGUCGCCGUCUACGAAACCACAAACUAG